UCAAAACACCUAGAUCUAGGCCAGAUGUAACAAUUCAUCUUUACACACACCCAUCUCGUUAUUGUGGGGAACGACAGUAACUUAUGUGUAUCAUUGGAUGAAUAUAUGACGCCUAAUUAUCUAAACCACCGAGCAUUCACUCCACCACCAGCAGCCCACUCCCUCACCAUCCAUCGAAACACAUUACACCACCCAAGAUCCCACAAAACCAAACAUAAUCCCCCAUUCACAAGGACCCAAUUCGUUCCAAAACCCCUUACUCCCCCUCAGCACUCGCACAUACACGCAUCACAAACCAUCACAAGCAGGAGGAAAAAGCAAACGCAGCCAACGCACACCAGUCGACGCCAUCCUGCAUGACAAACCCAGCAAACCCCAGCGGCCCGACCCGCCGGCGUCA